CACAAACUAUAAAAACAGAGCACGCGGGACAGCCUUGGCUUUUCUUUUGUUAGAAGACGGUUUGAAAACAGGUUUGGUGUUUUCAGUGAAAAUGUCUUCAGUUCCGCCUCAGAGAGAGUUUAUCAACGAGCAGGUAACUCCUGCUGGAGAAACAUUCACAGAGUGGAAAGAAAUCAACGUUAAGAUGGAGGAAGAGAUGGAGGAUCAGCGCAGACUGAUGGAUUUUACCCGGAUACCGAGGAUCAUCUUACACCGGAUAGAUCUCUCACAGUGCUGGGUGUGUAAAGAGGAGGAGGUUCUCAAUGAAUUCAGCAACCAGGAGAGGAAGUUCACUUCAGAUAAAGAAGAACCAGAACAUCAAGAGUCCAAAGAGGAAGAGAAGCAACUCUGCAUCAGUCAGGAUGAAGAGCAUCUUGUGCUGAAACAGGAGACUGAUGACAUGUUGGUGAAUCCUCUUAAUGUGCAAAGAAUCCACAAUGAAACAGAACCACAGAGGAACCAACUCAUCUCUCAUGGCUCUGCUGAGGAUGAGAACCAGGAUCAGGAAGGAAGCAAUUCUGAAGACCCCGGAAACGAGAGAAAGGAAGAACAGAAACAAAAGGAGAGAUUUGAGAAAAUCAAAGAGCAGAAAAGCAGAACUGACACUGAAAAGCAAAAAAAGCACAAGAAAGCUCACGCAGAGCAAAAAUUAUAUUCUUGUAAAAUUUGUGAUAAAACAUUUUCUGGAAACCGUAACUUGAUGGUACACGUGAAAACUCACACAGGAGAAAAACCUUUCACUUGUUCAAUCUGUGGAAAACGUUUCACACAAAAAGGACAUUUAACUCAGCACAUGAUAAUUCACACAGGUGAGACGCCUUUCACAUGUGGGAACUGUGGAAAAAGCUUCUCUCGAAAAGCUCAAUUAAAUAAUCACAUGAUAAUUCACACUGGUGAGAAGCCUUUCUCAUGUGGGAGCUGUGGAAAAGGUUUCAACGAUAAAGGCCAAUUAAAUGUACAUAUGAGAAUUCACACAGGUGAGAAGCCUUUCUCCUGUGGGACUUGUGGAAAGAGUUUCACCCGAAAGGGCAAUUUAGAUGUUCACAUGAGAAUUCACAGAGGUGAGAAGCCUUUCUCCUGUGGGUCCUGUGGAAAGCGUUACAGUGAAAGAGGGACGUUAACUCGGCACAUGAGAAUUCACACAGGUGAGAAGCCUUUCUCCUGUGGAACCUGUGGAAAAGGUUUCUCUAUAAAAAGUCAUUUAAAUGUCCAUGUGAAAAUUCACACUGGUGAGAAGCCUUUUUCUUGUGGGGCUUGUGGAAAAAGUUUCACCCAUAAGGGCAGUUUAAAUGUUCAUAUGAGAAUUCACACAGGUGAGAAGCCUUUCUCUUGUGGAACCUGUGGAAAAGGUUUCUCUAAAAGAGGUCAUUUAAAUGUUCAUGUGAAAAUUCACACUGGUGAGAAGCCUUUCUCUUGUGGGGCUUGUGGAAAAAGUUUCACCAAUAAGGGCAGUUUAAAUGUUCAUAUGACAAAUCACACAGAAGAGAAGUCUUUCUCCUGUGGAACCUGUGGAAAAAGUUUCUCUCGAAAAGAUAAAUUAAAUAAUCAUAUGAAAAUUCACACAAGUGAGAAGCCCUUCUCUUGUGGGACAUGUGGAAAAUGUUUCACCCAUAAAUACACUUUAAAUGUUCAUAUGAGAAUUCACACAGGUGAGAAGCCUUUCUCUUGUGGUACUUGUGGGAAAAGUUUCACCUUGAAAACAACUUUAAAUAAUCAUAUGAGAAUUCACACAGGUGAGAAGCCUUUCUCUUGUGGAACCUGUGGAAAAAGUUACAGUGAAAAACGGUCUUUAAUUCAUCACAUGAGUAUUCACACAGGUGAGAAGCCUUUCUCUUGUGGAACCUGUGGAAAAAGUUACAGUGAAAAACGGUCUUUAAUUCAUCACAUGAGAAGUCACACAGGUGAGAAGCCUUUCUCAUGUGGGACCUGUGGGAAAGGUUUUUCUCGAAAAGAUAAAUUAAAUAAUCAUGAGAAGUCACACACAUGAGAAGCUUUUCUCAUGUGGGACCUGUGGAAAAAGUUUCAGGAUGAAAAGACAAUUACUUAAACACAUGAAGAUUCAUGUGGGUGGGAAACGGUGAUGUG